CACACGCUAGUUACCGCUCAACUCCAUCGUAAAUCGUGGAGUUGAGUUUAGUCGGCUACUACGGUGUAUGUGAGAACCUGUCUGUGACGAGAGAUGGCAAUCGUAGCUGGACGCUCAGCCUGAGAGGUUAAUGCCAGGCUUUUUAUCGAGAGAAUAUAGCUACAGGGAGUUUAUAACACCGGUUUGGAGCUACAGGCACGGGCAAUCAUGGGCCACGGAGUCGGCUGAGGAUCCGGAGGGUUCUGCAAAACGCACCAAUCGCUUCCACUGCAGUGUAUGACAUGGCCACGGCCUCGUCCAGAACAGAGUGUAGCUAUAACCACGGACCGACGUCGCAGCUACAUGCCGUCGUUGCCUGUGCCAAACUCAAGCGGAAGAAGAGCUUGUUUGGGACGUCCAUCUUUGUGGAGGUGACAGCGGAGGGGGAGUCGCGCCGCACGGCCAAGUCCCACAGCUCCUCCAACCCCAAGUGGGAUGAGCGGCUCACUCUAAAUGUCUGGCCACACACGCAGGUGGACUUUAAGGUGUGGAGUCACCACACCCUGAAGGCUGAUGCUCUGCUGGGGAAAGCCACUCUGGACCUCCUCCAGGCCUUGGAGCAGCACGACAGGAAAUUGGAGAAUGUGAAGGAGGUGUUGAAGCUGGUGCUGGACCAUAAGGGGGCUGUGGUUGCUACGGGAGAGUUGACCGUGUUCCUGGACGGUCUGACCGUCAACCAGGAACAGCUGCACAACGGCAACGCUGCCACCUCUACCAAAGUCCAGCAGAACGGCGAUGCCAUUCAUGAAAAUGGAGGGGACACCCCAUCAAGGGCUCCCAACAGCUCAGUGAAUGGUACGGGGUGUGCUCCCAGUUAUAACGGGGUGGACAGUGAGGGUCCCUCCACCUCCUCCGCCCACAGCGACUCCAGCCCCGGCCCCACCCCUGUUGUCAACGGCGAUGCAGCAUCCUCCCUGACCCACCAGACGGCCAGCCCCAAGCCCACACCCAACCCCGCCCCCACCGACAGUGAUGUAGCCAAUAGGACUGUUAAAAGUGAGUCCUCUGCUGCUGCUCCUGCCCCCUCCACAUCCACAGAUGAGACCCUGCCCCCUGCAGAUGGCCCUGAGGACUGCAGCGAAGCCACCACCACCUCUGCUUCCACCUCUGAACCUGUCCCAGCCACCGACCCAGGCUCCACUUCCACCCCUGGUCCCUCUCCCCCUCAACCCACCACAGAGGCUCCCUCCACUGAGCAUGACAGUGCUGCUGCUCCCCCCUUCUCCUCCUCAGCCCCAGCCUCAGGCCAGGCAGCCCCAGCCGCCUCCACCCCCACUGCGGAGGCAGCAGGGGGCUCCAGUGGGGCAGAAGCAGAUGACGCCAAGCCCAGACAACAGGCCCCCAACGCUGGCACUUCAGACCCCCUGCCCCCUGGGUGGGAGCAGAGGAAGGAUCCCCAUGGAAGAACCUACUAUGUGGAUCACAACACCAAAACCACAACAUGGGAGAGACCACAGCCCCUCCCGCCGGGUUGGGAAAGGCGUGUGGAUGACAGGGGCAGGAUCUACUAUGUGGACCACAACACCAGAACCACCACGUGGCAGAGGCCCACCAUGGAGUCAGUGCGUAAUUUUGAGGCAUGGCAGUCCCAGCGCAGCCAGCUCCAGGGGGCUAUGCACCAGUUCAACCAGAGAUACCUCUACUCGGCUUCCAUGAUGUCGGCAGAAAACGACCCUCUGGGCCCGCUACCUCCUGGUUGGGAGCGACGUGUGGACUCCAACGACCGGGUGUACUUUGUCAACCACAGCACCAAGACAACACAGUGGGAAGAUCCCCGCACACAAGGGCUACAGAAUGAGGACCCUCUUCCUCAGGGUUGGGAGAUCCGGUACACGCGGGAGGGCGUCCGCUACUUCGUAGAUCACAACACCCGGACCACCACCUUCAGUGAUCCACGCACAGGGAAGUCCUCUGUCACCAAAGGCCCACAGAUAGCGUACGAGCGCAGCUUCAGGUGGAAACUAGCACACUUCCGCUACCUUUGUCAGUCCAACGCACUCCCCAGCCAUGUUAAGAUCACCGUGUCUAGGCAGACGUUGUUCGAAGACUCUUUCCAACAAAUUAUGGCCCUGAAACCUUAUGACUUGAGGAGGAGACUGUACGUCAUCUUCAGAGGAGAAGAGGGACUGGACUACGGUGGCCUAGCCAGAGAGUGGUUCUUCCUGUUAUCCCACGAGGUGCUCAACCCCAUGUACUGCCUCUUUGAGUACGCUGGCAAGAGUAACUACUGUCUGCAGAUAAACCCAGCCUCCACCAUCAACCCUGACCACCUAUCCUACUUCUGCUUUAUAGGACGAUUCAUAGCCAUGGCGCUCUUCCACGGGAAAUUCAUUGACACAGGCUUCUCUCUGCCAUUCUAUAAACGCAUGUUGAACAAGAAGCUCAUCAUCAAAGAUCUGGAGUCCAUCGACCCGGAGUUCUACAACUCUCUGAUCUGGAUCAGGGAUAACAACAUCGAGGAGUGUAGUUUAGAGAUGUACUUCUCUGUGGACAUGGAGAUCCUGGGGAAGAUCACGUCACAUGACCUGAAGCCUGACGGCAGCGACCUCCUGGUGACGGAGGAGAACAAGGAGGAGUACAUCGGGUUGAUGGCAGAGUGGCGGUUCUCCCGCGGCGUGGAGGGACAGACCAAAGCCUUCCUGGACGGCUUCAACGAGGUAGUGCCUCUGCAGUGGCUCCAGUACUUUGAUGAGAAGGAGCUGGAGGUGAUGCUGUGUGGCAUGCAGGAGGUAGACCUACAGGAUUGGCAGAGAAACACUGUGUAUCGCCACUACACCAGGAACAGUAAGCAGAUCAUCUGGUUCUGGCAGCUGGUGAAGGAGGUGGACAACGAGGUGCGUCUGAGACUCAUGCAAUUUGUUACGGGGACCUGCAGACUGCCUCUAGGGGGCUUCGCUGAGCUCAUGGGUAGUAACGGGCCCCAGAAGUUCUGCAUUGAGAAGGUCGGAAAAGACACUUGGCUCCCUCGGAGUCACACUUGCUUUAACAGGCUGGACUUGCCCCCGUACAAAAGCUUUGAACAGCUGAAGGAGAAGCUGCUCUUUGCCAUCGAGGAAACGGAAGGAUUUGGCCAAGAGUAGAGAAAGUCUCUCUCUCUACCACAGUGUAUCCAGCCAUGUAAAACAACAAAAAAUGAAACAUUGCACAGAUAACUACCAAUGUACAUAAGCUAUUUUGUCAUUUUUAAAACCAAAUCUUGAUUCACAACCUCAUUUUAGCAAUCCCCCUUAUAUUAUACCCCAUAAAAUAUGCAAGCAUUUCAGCUUUUCCUCCGCUUUAAAAAAAACGGAAAAUCUAUGUAUGAUUUUUAAAAUGUUUUUUCCCCUUUUUGGCUGGUUUUUAAAAGGAGACUGAAAACGUAGAGAGGAUUUUUAUAGUUGAACCAUAACUUACGGCUCUAGUUUUAUAGAGCUUUUAAGGGUGAUUGUAGUGUUUGGUCCAGUGCCUGGGUUUUUUGGACCUGUAGUUGUGAUUGUGCUGCGCUUGCAUGGCUGCCUCCAGAAAAGAGGAAGACUGCCUCCAACCCCAACUGCACAUCCACUCCUAUCAACUGAAGCCAGCUCCCCAUCAGUAUUGUUGUCAUUGAAUAAAAACCAGUAUUCAGUA